AGCAAGCCGGCACUUUUGCGUUAGUCAUCAAGUCAGAACCAGAAGAAAAAUGGCGAAACCUAGAGUUUUCUUCGACAUCGCACAUAAUGGCAACAACAUAGGUCGUAUUGUUAUGGAAUUGCGUCCUGACGUAGUCCCAAAAACGUCUGAGAACUUCCGUGCACUGUGUACAGGUGAAAAGGGCUAUGGCUACAAGGGGUCUAUUUUCCACAGAAUAAUUCCUGGUUUCAUGUGCCAGGGAGGUGACUUCACAAACCACAAUGGCACUGGAGGAAAAAGUAUCUAUGGAAAUAAGUUUGAAGAUGAAAACUUCCAGCUGAAGCACACAGGACCAGGUAUUUUAUCCAUGGCCAAUGCAGGCCCCAACACCAAUGGCAGUCAGUUCUUUAUCUGUACGGAAAAGACCGCUUGGCUAGAUGGUAAACAUGUUGUGUUCGGACAGGUUGUCGAAGGCAUGGAUGUCGUCAAAAAAAUGGAGGGGUUAGGUUCCCAGAGUGGAAAACCAUCUGGAAGAGUUUCAAUCGAAAAUUGUGGCCAGCUAUAAAUAAAACAUUUGAAGAAAAAUCUCAAGUAAUCAGCCACUCUUAUCAUGAGAGGAACACUACCUAUAACUGUAACAGUGCUAAAACAAGUGCUUAUUUCUGCAGACUAUCUAUUGUAAUCAUAUAAAACAGUAGCUUUUAUCCAUCCUUUAGGAUUCAAGAACUAAUCAUGCAAUUUACUUCGUUUACAUGUUAUUGUCUUUUUAUAAUUUAGAAAUCUCAUUUGAUGUUUGUUUUGAAAAGGGUUGUUGUCAAGGGUUACAAUUGGAAGGUCGCAAAGUUCAGAAUCAGAGGUGAAAUAUUCGGAAAUAAAAUUUCUUUUCUUA